AUGGAUGACUUACCCGCGGACGUGAAGGCUUUCCUACUCGGCCAACCUUUUUUCCAACUGACUGACAGCAAAAAGAUAAAGUGCACAUUGAACGGCCACGAGUUUCCGUGCUCCCUCGAGACGCUGCAGAACUUCACCAAAGGGAAAAAGUAUGAGAAGCUGUGCUGCCAAGCAGAGUUCAACUACACCCAGUAUGAACCACAUAUUGUGCCGAGCUCAAAACAACCCAAACAGCUCUUCUGUAAACUGACCCUCAGACACCUCAACAAACAGCCUCACCAUGUAUUAAAACAUGUCAAUGGGAAACGCUUCAAGAAGGCCCUCGCUAAAUAUGACGAAUGCGUGAAGCAGGGCAUUGAAUUCAUCCCAAUCCGACUACAGAAUAAAAGGCCGAAGGACACGAGCACAGAAGUCCAAAAGGGAAGGAAGUCCAAACAGGGCAAUGGCACAUGGGAGCCGUCCUCCAGCGACGACGAAGGCCGCAGCGACUCGGAGGACAGCAUGAGCGACCUCUACCCCCCAUCUAUGUUCACCUUUAAAAACCCGGACAUGGACGUGUGUCAGGAUGAGGAUGACUUCCAAACAGAUGAGGACAAUGAGAUGGAAGUGGACAUGCAAGCAGUGCAGAAACGUAAAAAGGUCCAGGGUGGUGGCGGCUCUCAGAAGAAAUUCAAAAACAACAGGAAAGGUCGUAAAAAGAAACCUGUGAAAGUGUGGAAUGGAAAGUGA